AUGGCUGAUCAAUGCAUUGUCUGCCUCGAGAAUCUGGAGGUCGAACCUCCAAUGGCUGCCCCACCUGAAUACCUCGCUGGUGGCGUCGCCCACUCUUCUUCAGCAGCUGCUGCUCUGGUGGUUCAGGAGCACGAGCACGACCAGCCAGCUGUUGAACCAGGUGCAGCCGCCAACAGACUCGCCACCUUGAACGGCACCACGACGCCGCAGCCAAAAUCCGAAGACCAUGAAAACGUUGCAGAAAUUCAGGUGUGCGGUCAUGUGCUGCACGACUCUUGUCUACAGGAAUGGACUGGAAAGGCAAACAGCUGUCCAAUUUGCCGCCAGACCUUUCAUAUGGUGCAUGUCUACGACCGCAUCGGAGGUGCACAUCUGUUGACUCGCAGAGUCGAGGACAAAAAACAGGUGGCCGAAUAUGAUCCGCAGGCGUUCGAUCCGGGAGCGUGGCUAGUUGACGCAGAAGAGCAAGAACCGAGCAAUCCUUGCCCGAUCUGUAACCUAGCAGACAACCAAGACGUGCUCCUCCUCUGCGACAGCUGCGAUGCCUCAUAUCACACGUACUGCAUCGGUCUGGAUCGCGUCCCUGCUGGUGGCUGGUACUGCAUAGAAUGUGCCCACGAGAGGGCGCUUGUGCAGGCAGAAGCCGGGCGUCCAUUCGAGCCCGUGGCUCGUCGAGCUGGUGCCGGUCCACAGCAUCGCGUCUCUCGCACCCAGGCCAGUAUGCGGCGGGCUCGGCAGCGGGCUCGGUCGGACGAAUGGCAGGGAGCCUGGGGCCGCAUUGCAGGAAGAGUCUGGGAUGCGAUUAGUAUCGAUCUCGACUUUCAAGAUGAGAACGACGAUGGCAUCAUCUCCGAGGGCCUCCGUCGCACCCAGCAUAUUAGAGAGCAGGAGCGGGAGGAGCUUCUGCGCUGGCAGCAGCGUAUGAACAUUGCCAGCCGAAUGGGCGCACGAGAUUUCGCAAGCCACAUUCCCAACGUGUUCCACCACGAGCGGCCCCCUACACCGCAGGAGACGCGAGAAGAGCAAAUAGCUUGGGGUGCCCUCGAGAAAGCGAUCGACGGCAGUGCCCGUAAGCGAAAGUCGCGUUCCGCCACUCCCGAGCUCAAUGAACCGCAGCACGAACCCGAAAGGAAGCUCAAGCGCCCGCGCACACGAAGACUGCCUCCGCAGCAGAAUGGAGAAUCGUCAUCGUCUGCCGCCAAGGGCCCUCUCGCUUCGAAUCAGGUCGAAACCGGGAGCUCAACCCCAACAUCGAAUGCAGGCCCCUCCCAAGUCGAAGCGGCCCCGUCUUUCUUAACGUCGUUGCUGAAAGAAGUCGAGAUGAGUACUGAUCCAAACGAAGACGGCAUACGGGCUCUGUACGAGCCAAUUCCGCGUGAGCGUGAUCAUGAUGUCGCAUCGCCUGGUUGCUCGCCCUCGCCUUCUGGAUAUAGCAGCCCUCGUGCUAUGUCUCUCACCCCACCCCCCAAUUAUACUAGCAGCCCCGGUUCGCCGCAGAUGACGCUGAGCUCGUAUAUCGCGCCCGUUUACCCGCCGGUGAAUUUCUCGCCAAUGAGAUCGUCAUCGCCGGCGAAGCAGUCAAGGUCGUCGUCACCGCAUAGACAUGCGGCACAGCGGGAUGGCCGAUCAUCACCAGAAAACGGCGAACGAGAGCUACGUCAGCCGCGACCUCAGCGAGCCCAAAUCGCCGACCUAUCGAGAUCGCAGGAUAUUUCGCCUGCAGAAAACUCGCCCGCAGCGACCACGCCUGCAGCAACCACGUUGCCCUUGGAGAUGAAGAAAGACAUCAGCCGAAUUGUGCGAAAUGCGCUGAAGCCGCACUGGCGAUCUGCCCAGCUCACGGGCGAGCAAUAUGCGGCCAUCAAUCGCGACAUUUCGCGGAAAAUUUACGAAGAAGUGAAAGACCCAUCAACAGUCGGCGAAGACGCUAAUCAAACCUGGGAGAAGAUGGCAACCAAAGAGGUUGCCCGAGCGGUCGCCGAACUCAAGGCUUGA